AUGCAGAUCUUUGUCAAGACCCUCACUGGAAAGACCAUCACCCUCGAGGUUGAGUCUAGCGAUACCAUCGACAACGUCAAGUCCAAGAUUCAGGACAAGGAAGGCAUUCCUCCCGAUCAGCAGCGUCUCAUUUUCGCCGGCAAGCAACUUGAAGAUGGUCGCACCUUGAGCGAUUACAAUAUCCAGAAGGAAUCGACACUACACUUGGUCCUCCGUCUUCGUGGCGGUAUGCAGAUCUUCGUCAAGACCCUCACCGGCAAGACUAUCACCCUUGAGGUCGAGUCCAGUGAUACUAUCGACAACGUCAAGUCCAAGAUCCAGGAUAAGGAAGGUAUUCCUCCCGAUCAGCAGCGUCUCAUUUUCGCCGGCAAGCAACUUGAAGAUGGCCGCACCCUGAGUGACUACAACAUCCAGAAAGAGUCGACUCUACACUUGGUCCUCCGUCUACGUGGUGGUAUGCAGAUCUUUGUCAAGACCCUGACGGGAAAGACAAUCACUCUGGAAGUUGAAUCCUCAGACACCAUCGACAAUGUCAAGUCAAAAAUCCAAGACAAGGAAGGAAUCCCACCGGACCAGCAGCGACUGAUCUUUGCUGGCAAGCAGCUUGAAGACGGCAGAACACUCUCAGACUACAACAUCCAGAAAGAGUCCACCCUCCACCUCGUACUCCGACUCCGAGGUGGCAUGCAGAUCUUUGUCAAGACAUUGACAGGAAAGACGAUUACAUUAGAAGUCGAGUCUUCUGAUACGAUUGACAAUGUAAAGUCAAAGAUUCAAGACAAGGAGGGUAUCCCACCGGACCAACAGCGAUUGAUCUUUGCAGGCAAGCAAUUGGAGGAUGGUCGUACUCUCUCUGACUACAAUAUCCAGAAGGAGAGCACUCUGCAUUUGGUGCUGCGACUCCGCGGCGGUCAGUAG